AUGGACGCUCCGGACAACCGCACGUCCGACGACUCAGUCCGUCCCUGCACCGUCAGCUGGGCCGCCCAGCUCCUCCAGCAGUUCCAGACUUCACCUCUCGAUCCAGCUCACCUCGCCCACCCACCUCCCCGCCACCCAUUUGGCUUCUCCGACGUCGCGCAGUAUGCUGCCGCAAGUCCGGCGGCCAACUAUUCGGCCGGGUCGUCGGCAAACGCGCUCUUCCCUCCGCCCAUUCCGCACUUCCUCUCUCAUCACCCUUCUCCGGCGUACCCUAUCUUCGACGCGAGUGGUCUAGCCGUACCUUCCAGCACUCCGACAUACCCCUUCGGCUUUUCCUGCGCUCCCGCGUCGGCGUACAAUGCUCCUCCGCCGACAGCGUCCGUCCACCCUCUUCCUUUCGCCCCCAUCUACCCGACCUCCACCUUCUCUGCCACCUCCUUCUCGCAGCCCUCCACCUACGCUGAGUUCCCUCCCGCACCUGGUCCGCUCGAGUUCGCCCCCAUCCCGCCGGUUUACCACGCCGAUUCACCCCUAGUCGAUUCCUCCCUCGCCGGCUUCCGCUUCGUUCCGCCUUCGACCUCGCCCGGCUACUCGACUCAGCAGAAUUCAACAUUGCAAGAUGGCUUGAGCGGGCGCACGGACUCGCAAGGCGCAAUCUCGUCGUUCGCCUCGUCGCAAUCUUCUGCGCCGCUCUUCCUUCCUGCAUCACCGGCACCGUUCGAGCCGGUCGAGCCCGGGCCGCGCUUUUCGCAGUCCUCGCUGUCGACUGUCACGACCGCCUACGAGCCCGCUACGACGGCAACGCCGGAAGACGAACUUGGGAAGGUCGUCGCGAACGAAGGCUCGACUGGCCGCCCGACGAGGAGCAGCAGGAAGCGCGCCAUCUACAUCGACGACGAAAGCGGCGACGUGUCGAGUGAGGACGACGCAGCGGACCAGGCGGACGACGGCGGCGAGUACCGACCUUCUCGCAAGCGUUCCAAGUCGUCCAUUGUGUCCUCCCUGCACCGCCGGCAACUCUCCAUCUCCUCCAUUUCCUCCGCCAUGUCCACCUCGACCGCCACCACCUCUCCCGCAACCAGUCCAGUCCGCACGACUUCGACUCGCCAGUCGCUUCACAAGCCGCUUGAGGUGAUUGAUGUCAAGGAGAUUGGGGAGUGGACGAGCGAGACGGUAUUCUUUGCGCCUUGGAGGCAGAAGGAGGAUGUGAGGGUGAUUGAUGCGCAUGGGAACGAACUCCCUCUCUCGCCCACGAUCGGCAACCCUUCGUCCUUUACCUACGACCCGACCCUCAAAAGCUGGCGCACCUACCGCCGCAACUUCCUCACCCUCACGAUCUCGCUCGACUCGCCUCUCGCGCUCGACACGCUCCGCACGUCGCACUCGCUCUCGCCUAUCAAGCACGUCGAGGUCGGUCUGACGAGCGCGACGUUUCCGAAGGGUGCGAACGCCGAGUUGCUCCAGUUCGAUGGCAACCGCAAGCUCAGGGAUGCAGUCACGCUCGGCCGCCAGGUCCUCGAGUCCGCCGCGCCGCCUCCCAAGGUGGACGAAGAACGCCCGCAAGACGACGCCGAGACGUCGACGCCAACUCUGCACCGCUACACCUCGACUUUCCGCCGCGUCCAGUUCCGCCACUCGACUGCGAACCACCCCAGCCUGGCCGCCAACGCGACGGACAAGCACUUCCUCGUGCGCUGCACGCUCUACGCCGUGCACGAGGACGAGACGGUCGUCGAGCUGGGCGGGUGGAGCAGCGCGAUGUUGAUUGUGCGCGGAAGGAGUCCGGGCAAUUUUGGCGAAGACGGCAAGGGCAAGAAGAAGAGCAGCAAGAGGGUGCCGUACGGCGCGGAUACCGACACGACGGACGACGAUGCACCUGGCGAAGUCGUCCUCGAUGACGGCGGCAACAUCGUCGUGCUCGGCGAUCCUCACCCUCUGCCAUCCGACGAGGCCGCCUCGACUGCGACGCACGGCGGCAGGAAGCGCAAGUCGAAGAAGAAGUCGCGCUCGACGUAG